AUGGCUGACGAUUGGAGCGUGGAUAAUCCGGCCGUCUGGGGUCCGUUGUCCACGUCAAUUGAGUUGGCCAACCGCAUCAUUCUACAGUCCUUCAAGACACCAUGGAUGCAGGCGCUCUUAACGCCAGAGAAUUGGGUCACAGAGUUUCGUGACAUUCAAGACGCCCGCCGACAGUUCCCAGUGGUACCGAAUGCUCCAGUGCCCGUGUUCUUCCUGAAUCAAAAUCGGUCAGACAAGACAGAAGAGCAGUGCAAGCAAUAUGUUCAGGGUCUUUUUGCGACACAAAAGCCACUGUGGCAUUUGUAUGCUGACACGGAUGACCGUAGCAGGGUCUGGAUGGGAUUUGCAAGUACCAACGCAAGACCAGAUCUUGUUUCAGAUUCGGGAUUCGGUUACUAUGUCAAUCAUCUUGCUGCCUUCGUCGAUGUAGAACCCUUACGGACCAUGUUGAACCCCAACGCUACGUCGCAUUCUCGCUACAUCGCGAGAGCCAUGUUGGCUAUUACAAUAAGCCAUGAACUCAUGCACAUAUUGGUCCUUCAAAUCUUUAAGCUGAAAGGAAGAUACAUGUCAUUGCGCGGACCCGUGGCCGGCUCUGGACCCUUCUUCAACGCGUACUCGACCUUUUUCCCCGAAUUUCACAUCUCGAUGAACGGCUUCAGUGCCAUUGUACACGUCGUCCCCGAUCAGCCAGCAGACCCUCUGGCAUACAGGAAGGAUACAAAAUGGGAUGUUGCUGCCGCGAACUUGAUGACAGCCAACUUUCAGAACGACAUGCAGACGGCACGCGCCGACCUCAGCCUGGUGCGUCACGCCGUAGCGACGUGGCGACCAUGGCAUCACCGAGCUCAUGCUCAGUGGGCUGCAACCGUAUACAGUCACGAACAAUGGCGGGGCCACCUACAUGACAUGGUGGAUUGUUUCCAACCCCCAAUUGCAGGCAUCGCCGGGCCACUGAAGGAACACAAGGCUGCGAAUUUCGUGGCCAAAGUGACGGCCCCAUGGUUUAGACAAUACGUCGCCAGUUGGCAGGCGUAUCCGCAACCUCACUGGCUGGGGCAUUUCCCAGACUUCGAGACCUUGCACCAUUGUAAAAGGGCCAAAUCCUUCUUCUAUCAAUCUAUAGCGUUUCUCGUCGAUGCAGCUCUCGCUCCCAGGGAUCAAGAGAUCGGUUUUCAAGAUCCGCCGCUACCUCCAGCGCCUCCCAGAACCUGGCGGCGAAGCGGGAACAAGCCCAAUCCGGUUGGCUACGACCCGAUCGCAUAUCACGAACAGCCCGCUCCAGAGCAGUACACUAUCGAACCCAGACACCAGCCAAACAAUCAAUUUACAUCAGAGAUCCGAAUCCGCGCAAGAAACAUUGAACUAGCGUACCGGUGCUACUGUAUGUACCGGUGGUUCUUCCUGACAACCCAGCCUCUCGACGUCGCGUUCUUUGCGCAGUUGAACUCGCACAAGGCUCAGAUGGUCGCUAUUCAGCAGCAUCUGGUCUCACAUCCGAAUGCUCCCCAGCCUUUGAUCCCCUUCACCUUCCAGCUGUACGACUUGCGUGUUCAAGAAAAUAGUGUCCUCGUGCUGGUUCUUUUUGAUUCGGAGAUCGAGAUUUUCGAGCUGGAAGAUGUCAUGCAGGUAUUAACGAUGACGGCUGACGAGGUGCGCGAUGAGAUGGAGCCAUCCGCCUACGGACACGUUCUUAAUAAGAAUGUCAGUGACGAGUUCUACGCCAAAUCACAUGGAAUUCUGCCAUUAGGACGGGUAGCUCAGUGGCUACGCGAGGAGGAUGUUGCCAUUCGCGAUGGCAAGGAGGGCCGCCCUCACUGGAUUACAGCGGCUGGGUUUGUCUAUGAUUUGACAGACUUGAAAGAACUGGCUUCAGAAAGCCAGUCGAACCUCGUGGAGACACUGAUGAGCGCCCCUGGGAGCAACCCGAUGCCGCGUGUCUUCCUUGGGGAUCACGACUUCGACGAUGCACUGGCACUGAUAGAGCCUUUAAAGAUUGGAAUGACCCUUCCGUUCGGAUUGGCUGAUGAAUCUGGCUCGAAAGAUGUACUUACAAAUAGUGAAAUUGGAUGGAAUCAAUUUCCUCAAACACGACAGUACCUCCAGAUCCAUGAACAUGUCUACGACAUCACUGACUAUGCCCAAUGGCACCCUGGAGGCACAAAGUUUUUGGCCCAUGCUGCCGGGACCAAUGCUUCAACCAUUUUCGAGGAGUACCAUUCUGAGAAUGGAAAAGACCUUUUGGAAGCCAUUAAAGGCCUGCGGGUAGGGCGUAUUGUAUCAUCUCGUACUCGCUCCGAAAAACUCUCUACAACCGAAAUUCGUAUCCAGGACAAGAUCUUCGAUAUUGCGCCCCUUCGGGAGACAGAAGCGGAGCUAUUCGUUGCUCUCAAAUCCUACUGUGGCAAAGAUGCUUCGAAGAAAGUCCUCGCGAUGGAGCCCAGCUUCGAGCCAUCAGAGACACGCCCGUUGUUGCUAAUAUCUAACAGCAAGCCAGAGCUAAUCGUCGCGAAAAUAACGCCCGGCACGAAAGACCUGCCUCUAAUGAGCGAAGCUGAACUGGUGAUGCAUGACGGCGACAUGUUCUAUGGUCGUCAUGGGUUUGCGGCGUCAUAUGUGGCUUAUGACGGCGCUGUGUUUGAUGUUACAACACUGAUGCAAUACGGUCCACGUCCUUUUACCGAUGUUCUAGCCAGGUACCUCGGUAACGUUAUCAUAUCAGGUGCACAAGAAGUUCGACUCGGGCAACUAUUGCAACAAUAUUUUCCGUUCCGAAUUGUCGCCAGGCUCGCCAAGUAUGACGAGCCCCUUGAAUCACUGGCUUCAGAAGUAGUCCGGUGGCAAGGCCAUCGAGACUGGCCACCGACAUACGGCGAGCUGAAAAACUACCUAUUGCGUGAGGAUGAGACGAAACCAGCCUCCUCACCAGCGGACAAGAAAGGCAAAGAGAUAUCUCAAGAGCUGAGGAGCCCAUAUGAUGCUCCAGAACAUAACAUCGUCCAGGAAGAUCCGAAGCCGGAACAAGAAAAGCGCUUACCGGGAGAGCCAUGGAGUAUUUCGUCGGGGAGGGCCAUGAAACUACAAGAGCUUGGACCGGUGGCUUUGAAAAAGUUGCAAAAGCAACUCAUGGCGAGUCGUGGAUCACAGUCAAAGACAAAGAGAGUGCGGGAAGAGGCCGUCCGAUUGGGAUCGCGACGGAAGAAACGCUCCUCUUCGCUGACCCCAAACUGCAAGUCCAAAUGGUUCAGGGCGUAA